AUGGAGUGCCCCCUCCCCGCAAGGGCUGAAGAAGAGGAGAUUGGGGUGGGAGAAGGUGGAAUGGGGGUUGCCUUUGUGGCUAGCCUCCGCAGUAACCUUUCCUCUGCCACAUCAAGGUCAGAGAUGAACAGCAGUGUUGGGGACCUGGGUGUUGGCGGCUGCAGCCUCUGGGAUGACCCUGCUCGUUUCAUCGUGAUGCCCGUGGCCUAUGCCUUGGCGCUGGGCCUGGGGCUGCCAGCCAACGUGGCAGUGUUCAUCCACAGCGCUCUUCACGCUCACGCUGCAGCCGUGGCUCAUCUACUACCUGGGCCUGGCCCGGAGGCCGCCUGCCGUGCGGCUGGGGCCGCCUACUACGUGUCCACCUACUACGUGUCAACCUACGCGGUGGUCUUCGCCGCGCUCAUCAGCGUGUGCCGCUGUUGCUCCAUACGCGGCCCCGGGCGCGGGGUGGCUGCCUGCCUGGCCUGCGCCGCUGGCGCCCCGCGCACUGCCUGCGCCUUCGCCUGUUUGGCGGGCCUGGCCCCUCCCUGCCAGGAUCACCGCUGGGCAAGCUCUGGGCUGGCCUCCGUCACGGUGGCCUUCUUCGCGGCUGCCUUCCUGCUGGUGCUCGCGGCCUACGUGAGCCUGGCACGGGCGCUCCAGACGCCCUCGGGCCCAGGCCCUGCUAGCGCCGGCGCGCACCCGCGCGCGGCCAAGACCAUGGUCCUGGGGCUCCUGCUUGUCUUCGCCCUCAGUCUGGCGCCCUACCACCUGCUGCUGGCGCCCAGGGUGGCCGGGCGGCACAGCGAUGGAGACCGGUGUCGUGCCGCCUCCACCCUCGACAAUUCUGCACACCUUCAGCCUGGCGCUGCUGAACCUCAACAGCUGCCUGGACCCACUCAUCUGAUGCUUCUUCGUGCGCCGCUUCCGCCAGGACUGCUGCUGGGCACUGAGCUGCCGCCCUGUGAAGGGGGCGCCCAGGGCGCACGGGGCCUACUUGGCCUCCUCCUAGAGAGUCUCCUGGCCUCCCCGCCUGUCUCACCCCCCUGCCACCCUCCCAGUGGCAUCCAGGGUGGAGAAAGCUCUUUGGAAAGACCUAGAUUCUGAUCCUGACGCAACCACAUACUACCCCUGUAGCUGUGAACCUCCGGGCUCAUCUGUACCAAGGGCAUAGAACAUUUUUUUGUAACCUGAAUGUUCCCUGGAUGUUGCCAGCUUUUGGAUACAAAUAAUAUACCAUUGUGUUUUUUUAAACCUCUUGGGAUAAAAGCCAAAGUCUUUAUCAUGGCCUACAAGGCUCUGUCUGAUUCGACUCCCCCUUCUCUCCAGACCUUAUCCCACCACCCCUGCGUCUCCCUGCAGGCAGUCACCACUUUCUCAGGCCCGGGAAAAUGCCAGUCUCCUACCCUUCACGGCCUUUGCACCUGGCUUGGCCAGGAAUGAUCUCUGUUACUCUCUUUAGUUCUUUUUCACCCUCACUUCCUCUAAAGUAACUCCUUACAGGAAAGCCUUUCUUGGCUGGCAACACACACACACACACACACACACACACAUACACACACAUACACACACACGACUGAAUCAGAUCGGAUUGCUCUUUGAUAGCUCUUUUCAUAAUUGUAAUCAAGCAAUUAAUUGGGUCAUGCGUCGUUUUCUUUCUCUCUUGCCAGAAUGUAUUCAUGCUGACCCAUAAGAAAUUACCAUUUUUAUAAGUCCCCAAAAGUUGAAUAUUGGAAAUUUUAUUUCCACCCAGUUCAACUUAAUAAAUUCCGUGUUUACCUUGCUCA